AUGGCAUCCAUACGGACCCCUUCUGAAGCUUCUUUUGAUUUGCACACGGAUUACUUUGCCGACUUUGAUGGCGCUCAUUGCACCCCGGAGAACGAGUCAAGUAAUGAUCGGUUCGAAGACGAGUCCUUGGAUGCUCCAUCGGAGAACAAUAACCCUGAAGAAGUAUCACAGCACAUGAGUCAUCAUCCGGGAGUGACUGGGGAUGAGCAAGAAGAUCGAGCUGGGCAUAAAACUGGACAUCACCGGCGUGGGUUAAGAAGAAUUCGGAGGUGGCUGAAGAGAAUUGCCAAUGUGGUCCUCGUAUGCACGAUCGGAUUGAUGUUCCACCCCCAAGGCUACUGA